AUGUACCUCUUGCACACUCAUCAACCUAUGCAAGUCCCCCACCCCGGCCCCUCCAUGUUUCUGUGCCUUUGCUCAUUCCCCUCAAACUCCCAGGGCUUCCCUAAUUCCCCUCCCACUAGCCCAGGGAAGUGGGAUGGACAGGGGCCACCUCGUUUGGAAUCUGCAGGGUGUCCCUCUUACAGGACCCUCGCCUCCUUCCAGCCAGUCCCAUCUUGUUCACUAUUCAUCAGGGUGAGCUGGCUCUGCCUGGCACUGGGAGGUGGUGAGGGACACCCCUCUCUCCCUACCCCCCGUUCCCCGGUCAACACCGCCCCCAACCUGACCAGAGUGUGCAGGACGCUGGCGGCCUCACUCUGA